AUGAGCAUGAGCUCCGCAACGAGAACACCCCCCAGAUUUCCCUUCGCUCGCCCAUCUGGGACAGAGCCUGCUCUUGAGUAUGCGCAACUACGAGCCAAGGAUCCUGUUUCGCAAGUGGAGCUCUUCGAUGGGAGUAUUGCUUGGUUGGUAGUCAAGCACAAGGACAUCUGUGCUGUAUUGACUGAUGAGAGACUUUCAAAGCAAAGAAACCGACCUGGGUUUCCCGAGCUUUCAGCUGGAGGCAAAGAAGCGGCGAAGAACAAGCCAACCUUCGUUGACAUGGACCCACCACAACACAUGCAGCAGAGGAGCAUGGUCGAGUCCGUCUUCACCAAGCAGCAUAUUGACAGCAUGCGUCCACAGAUCCAGAAGACCGUCAAUUCUCUCCUCGACAAAGUGAUUGCAUUGGGCGGCGCCGAGCCCUUCGAUUUCGUGGAAAAGUUUGCACUUCCAGUUCCAUCAUACACGAUCUAUAGCAUUCUCGGUGUCCCUCUCGCUGACCUCCCGAAACUCACAAACUUUGCGGCGAUCCGUUCCAAUGGCUCCGGGACCGCGACCGAAGCUUCGAACGCCAACGCUGCGCUCCUAUCCUACAUGGAUGGCCUGGUAACAACCCAUCUGGCCGAGCCACAAUCAGAUUUAAUCUCUCUUCUGGUGGCCGAGCAGCUUCUUCCUGGCCACUUGACGCAGGCAGACGUGGUACAAAUUGCCUUUCUGUUGCUCAUUGCGGGAAAUGCUACCAUGGUCUCGAUGAUUGCCCUUGGUGUGGUCACGCUUCUCCAACAUCCGGCUCAGCUCGAGGAGUUGAAGCGGGAUCCGGAGAAGUGGGCCGCGCCAUUCGUGGAGGAGUUGUGUAGAUUCCAUACUGCUUCUGCGCUGGCGACGAAAAGGGUGGCGAAAGAGGAUGUUGUGUAUGGUGGGAAGUUGAUCAAAGCCGGAGAAGGCAUCAUCGCGGCAACACAGAGUGGUAACCGCGAUGAGGAGGUGUUUGGACCGACGGCGAAUGAGUUUGACAUGAAGCGUGUCAGGGGUAGCGAGGAAGCAUUAGGUUACGGAUGGGGUGCUCAUCGAUGUGUGGCCGAAUGGCUGGCUAGAGCGGAAUUGGAGAUCGUUUUUGCUACGCUAUGGCAGAAGCUUCCAAAUCUGAAGCUGGCAGUUGCAUUUGCGAAGGUGAACUAUUCCCCUCCGAAGAAGGAUUUGGGUAUCGGAGAGCUGCCGGUUGUAUUUUGA